GGUAGUAUUCUACUCUGUGAGCAAAUAGUUGGGAGAUUUUAUCUCUCCUCUCUUUGCUUUUAUCAAUUCGCGUUUUGAUUAAUUUAGUCAAUUUUGUUGAGUUGUGGAUUAAAAUAUCCCUAGGGUGAUAACAAGAAAGAUGCCUCGAUACCAUAAGGUGGAAAUUAAUAAAACAGAAUGGAUUGUCCCGGAAAGAUAUCAGAUGCUUACACCUGUAGGCUCAGGUGCUUACGGACAAGUUUGUUCCGCAAUCGACACACUGCAUAAUAUGAAAGUAGCGAUAAAGAAAUUGGCGAGACCAUUCCAGUCCGCCGUGCAUGCAAAGCGCACUUACCGCGAGCUUAGAAUGUUGAAGCAUAUGAACCAUGAGAAUGUUAUUGGUUUGCUGGAUGUAUUUAGCCCUGAGAAAACAUUGGAGGAGUUUCAGCAAGUAUAUUUAGUAACACAUUUGAUGGGAGCAGACUUGAACAACAUUGUCCGCACUCAAAAGCUAUCAGAUGACCAUGUUCAGUUCUUGGUUUACCAAAUUCUGCGAGGUCUCAAGUACAUUCACUCUGCAGGAAUCAUUCAUAGAGAUCUAAAACCUUCUAACAUUGCCGUCAAUGAGGACUGUGAGUUGAAAAUAUUAGACUUUGGUCUGGCCAGGCCUACAGAGACUGAGAUGACUGGCUAUGUAGCUACGAGGUGGUACAGAGCACCAGAAAUUAUGCUCAACUGGAUGCAUUACAACCAAACAGUUGAUAUCUGGUCUGUGGGUUGUAUCAUGGCUGAAUUAUUGACCGGCCGAACUUUGUUCCCUGGUUCAGACCAUAUUGAUCACCUCACAAGAAUAUUAUUCUUGUGUGGAAGGCCUGAUCAAGAGACUAUUGACAAAAUAAUUAGUGAAGAGGCUAGGAACUACAUUCAGUCUCUGCCGGCGCUGAAGAGGCGUGACUUCCGUGAAGUGUUCCGCGGCGCCAACCCGUUGGCCGUCAACUUACUUGAACUCAUGCUCGAGUUGGAUGCUGACAAACGUAUAACAGCGGAACAAGCGCUCGCUCACGAAUACUUGGCGCAAUACGCCGACCCAGACGACGAGCCAGUGUCGGCGCCCUACGAUCAGAGCUUUGAGGACAUGGACCUGCCCGUAGAUAAGUGGAAAGAAUUGGUGUGGAAAGAAGUGGUGGAAUUCAAGCCUCACCCACAGCACAUGAACACAGUUGUAGAGGUGACUCCAUCUUAAAAUCUAGCAUUGAUUUACUUGAACAUCGCUGUUGCAACACUUGAUCUAUGGCUUAAUACUAUCAGGGUAAAUAGUAACUUAGAGUUUAGUGCAGAUAUAAAUAAGUAUCGCAAGUCAUACACACUACACAGGCCUUAUGCAGUACAUUUAAUAUAGCUGGAUUCAAUAGUAAAACGAAGCAAUAAUCGCGUAGGAGAUCUUAUUUACUUGGAUUAUGUUCAACAUAGAGAAUAAUUUCAACUAUUCUUAUUUCAAAACUAAACGAUCCCAGUUAUAUUAAAAGUAAAGCAUUAGCACUCACAGUACUACAGUUCAUAUUUCAGAAUGACACUCAAAAAUAGAUCUUUUAUCUAAAGGCAUUGAAUGCUAGUCGGAGAGUUCAAUUUUGUAAUAUGGACUGGAGUUACAUAAAUAUGGCAAUGUUCAGUCGUAGUUUUUUACAUUAUACAAUUUUAAUGAAUUUAAAUCCUUUGUCACUGCUGUGUUUAGCAAGCUAUAUUGUUUACCCCUGACAGCUGCGUUGAUUGUAAAUAAUGUAAGUGGAGUAUUUUACGAAUGGAUAAUAAUAUAUAUUUGAUAAGUGUAAAAUGUUAGGUUCUACUUCAUUAGUCUUUACUUUAGAACAGAUUAAGUUGAGGUGCCUUUUGUAAUUUUGAAACUGCCUUUAAAAUUUCGAUAAAAUAUCGAUAUGCAAUAUGGUAAUGUUGAGGUAGCCAAGCGUAAAUUAUUAUUAUUACUAUAAGGCUUUUUAUAGCAGAGUUAUUACUUAUUACGUAGAGUGGCUUAUCUGUAAUCCAUUGUCAACAUUUGCACAUUGUACUUUUUCCGACAGUUUUAAUACCAGGCAGAUUAAAGUUCCAGAUAAUAUAACUUGCAUAAAUAAGCGCACGUAGACUAACAUUACACAAGGUGUUUGAUAAAUCUUUUUGAUGUCUAAAAUAAGAGAAAGACUAAUAAAGUAGGACCUACAUAAUAAUAUAUUAUAGAAACUUGUCAGUUUCGAUAUAAAGUAUAUUUUAUUACGAAAAAAAAUAGAAAUAAGAAAUCAAGCACAAAGCUAUUGUAAAAAAAUCAAAUAAAAGUUUAUUUUUGAAUCAAGUUUUAUGGUAUCGAAUUAUUUCAACCAAGCAUUUAAUGCUGUAAGUAAAAUAAAAUCAAAUAAAAAUUUAUUUAUUUUGAAUCAAGUUUUGUGGUAUCGAUUUUUUUCAACCAAGCAUUUAAUGCUGUAUUAGGUUACUUUUGGCUUCUAUUAAAGUCCGAAAUAUAAUCACAUGUCUUGAUGCGUCAGAAAAAUAUCGGUUUCAUACAUUUAGUAUAGUUAGACAUUAUUAUUUAUCUGACGUGUGACGACACGUAUAUUUCAAGCUUUAUUCCAAAAGGAUUCACUUUCUUAUACAGCAAGCAGUGUGGAGUUUAAAUUUUAACCUAACAAUACAACCACAACUCUUGUAAAGUUCUCGAAAAUGUAAACUUUGAAUAAUCGAAUUAAAUAAGAGCAAUAUACUUUCUGCAUUGAACGUAGAUUCGUAUACAUUUGUAAGUAAAGCUUAAGUGUCAUGCAGGCACGGCAUCGGCAGUAGUCACUAGUCAGUGCACUAUAUUACCGUCACUAAUGGCUUUAUAUGCUGGUGCUAACUAAUUUGCUGCUAAUUAUCGUUAGUUAGACAUAAGAUUGUACGUUUUAGCAGAACAUGCUUCUUAGUAACAUCACCUGUUGUAGUCCAAGCGGUUUUACCUAAUGUUAAGUAUGGAGAACGUUUUUAGACCAGCCGUCCAUCUAGGUGUCACUUUAUUUUGCUCAGUUUUGACACUACCUUAAUAAAUAGAAUGGUUACUUUGUAAAAGUAACGAGGAAAAAGGUUUUAGGAAGGGAUAUGUAAGAUUAUGAAAUACCAAUAUUAUUUGCCAUUUCUUACAGAGGUUGUGACUAAUACGCGAAAAACAUAAAUGAUGGUCGGUAUCUUAUAAUGAUCGCAGCUAGAGACAUCUUAAUUUCUUCAGGAGACUUUAAAUAUUUUUCGCGUAUUAGGCCUGGCAACUGUACUUUUAUGAAUAUUUUUAAGAUAUAAUAUUAUUUUAUGAUACAGAUUACGAUUUGUAAGUAUUACACAACGUAGUAUUUGUAUUACUGUUGGAUUUUAAGAGUAAAACAUGAAAUUAUACAAAA